CGGAGUGGAGGCGCACUGUGUCGUCUCUUCCUGUCCUUUUCUCCCCUUACUUUCACUUUCCUUUCUACCUGACAGCCACCGAAAAAAACAGCUCGACACAGCUGAACACUUUUUUUUAUUUCAUUUGACUGAGAGAAAAUAACUUUGUUACCGUGAAGUCCGGACGCAGGAAGCGUCUGUUGCAUGCGGACCGAGGAGCGUCAACUUCAGGGUCACGAGGUGUCGACAUGUCGUCUGAAGUCAACCUGAAGGAGGCCGAGGAGCUGGCCCUCUCUCUGAGCGAAGCCCUGAGCGCCGGCGACUGUCAAGAGGCGGUGAAACUAUGUGAAAAGCUGUCCAAACUCUCUGUCCCGGUGUCGGUCAGCAUCUGCAGUCCAGCCUACCCUCAGGACACGAUCAGAUUGAAGGUUGGAGUUGAAGAUGCUGAGUCAGAAAUGUACAUCCCGAUGACUGUUGAGGUUUCUUCUUCCAUGACUAUUGGGCAGCUUAAAGAAAAGAUCAGCCACGACUAUGGGUUCCACCCGCUGCUGCAGCGCUGGGUGAUUGGGAAGCGGUUAGCGAAAGACCAGGAAACGCUGCACAGCCACGGGAUCCGUAAGAGCGGCGACCAGGCUUUCCUCUUCAUCCUGUCUGCUCACGCUGCCGGUCUCACACGCCAACAAAACAACAUGGACCAAGAUCAACAGCGCUUAGAUGGUAUCGUGGAGUCAAUGCAGGCGAUUGAGCUUUUUCCCAGAGGGAUGGGUGCAGCUGGAGUUGAUAAGGCCCGUCCUCCUCCUCCUCCUCCGAAACCUGCUGUGCGAGCUAACCCUCAGCCGGGGUGGUCCUGUCAGAUGUGCACGUUUGUGAACAAACCAACACGUCCAGGCUGCGAGAUGUGUGGAGGGGAGCGACCACAGGGUUAUCAGGUGCCCGAUAUCUACCAGCCGGACCCACAGGAGGUGCAAAGACUCCAGCAGGAGGAGCUGGCCAUCCUACAAUAUGAACAGGCUCAGCAGGAAGAGCGGGAGAGGAACUACAGGGACUUGUUGGCCACAGAUGACAUGGACAUCAUAACUAACACUGAAGAAGCAGAGUGCCCUGUUUGUUUCCUUCCACUGACGCCAGGAGAGGGCAUCGUGCUCAGAGAGUGUCUGCACACCUUCUGCAGAGACUGCCUGAUCGGCACAAUAGUGAACAGUCAAGACGCUGAGGUGUCGUGUCCCGACACGUGUGACAGCAAGCUCCAGGACCGAGAAAUCAAAGCGCUGCUCACCGAAGACGAGCUGCAGCGGUUUAUGGAGUUGCGCCUGAGCAUUGCGGAAAGCCGCUCGGAGCACAGCUUCCACUGUCAGACGCCCAACUGUCGAGGGUGGUGCAUCUACGAGGACGAAGUCAAUGAGUUUCACUGUGAAAUCUGCGAAGAAACCAACUGCAUCCUCUGCAGGGCCAUCCACAAUGACAUGAACUGUAAGGAUUACCAAGAUGACCUGCGCAUCCGAGCGGAAAACGACGAAGCAGCGCAGAAGACGAAGCAGAUGUUAGAGAGCAUGCUGCAGAACGGGGAGGCCAUGAAAUGCCCACGCUGCGAUGUGAUCGUCCAGAAAAAAGACGGCUGUGACUGGAUCUGCUGUUUGAUGUGCAAGACAGAGAUCUGUUGGGUCACUAAACAAGCUCGAUGGGGACCAAAGGGUAACGGUGAUAUAUCUGGUGGAUGCAGAUGUCGAGUCAAUAACUUGCCUUGUCAUCCCAACUGUCAGAACUGCCACUGAAGCAGGUACACGAAUGAACAAAUGUAUUACUCACGUUGACGUGAGCUGGAUCUGAAGCUGAGACAUCCUGCUCUGGACUGACAGCAGAAAUGUUCGUUUCAGCCUUGGAUUCAGUCGCAGGCGGACAGGACGGCCACUUUUUCCCGCCACUUCUUAUAAUGCUUUACAGGAACCUUUUGUGAGAUAAAACAUAACGCUGUUCCCUUUACAGUUCACGAUGAAAAGCAGGGUAUGAUAUCUUCGUUCAGUGCAAACUUGUGAAUUUGAUCUGAGCAACCGAAACGAAUUUGCUUUAAAAAUUACUUAUUUGUGGAGAUGAAUGUAAGAGAAUUUUCUCAUCAAACUGGUGAAGGAUGUUUCACAUGUUUACAAAUGAAUGAAUUCCUAUGCACUUCUUAACCUGAAAGUAUCCGACUUAAAAUAGAAUAUUGACACUAUUUUAUUUGCUCCAAAGGGCUUUCUCAGUCAGAUAAACCAUACGGUUUGUUUUGUGUAUAUAUUGCCUUUAAAGUUGGGGAGGGUGUACUUGAAACAUGUCUGAAAUGGCUUCCUUCUACCUGUCUGUAUUAAUGAAGAACACAAUAAAAAUAAGAAAUG